AUGUCAAACUCAAAGAGAGGUGGAUAUAAGAUGGAUAAUGUUGUAAUUGAACAUAUAUUCAAAGAUGGACUAUUCUUGAUCAAUGUUGCUGAUUUGAUAAAGAGAAUGAAGGAUGAUGUUGCCAACUCAUUCAAGUCAAGAUUAAAUCUUCAGAAUGAGGCUACAAUGAAAUAUCUUGAACGUCUUCAUUUGAAUGAUGAGGAUGGCGAUGACCCCGAGGUAUUCCUCACAUCAAUCUACCCUCCAAUGGUGUUUGGAUACCUCUGCAACUAUCCCGUCAUUCAUUGCAAUCAUGGAGAGUGGACUGAGACCUGUGUCACGGCCAAGACAGAGAUGAUAAGAGUCAUCGCAGAGCUAUCACACGUUAAAGACAGCGACGAGGGUGUCCAUCUACCAAGGCAACUGCUCAGCUUCACAUAUCCGGAGGCAUUUGCAACUCAUGCCGAACCAUUCGUCAACAGUUGGAAGCUUGCGUUGCAGUCCAAGUGGGACAGUGCGGUCGAUCAACGAAAGGCGAACCUCUGGGGCGACAUGUCAAUAUCAGUGUCAAAGGUUACAACUGCGCCCAAGGAGCACAAGUAUGUCAAGGAUGAUGGCAAGAAAGACAGGGUUGAGCCCUAUCGGCACCUUAAGCCAUCCGAGUCUCGCAAUGAUCUGGAGGAGUAUCCAUCUGUAUUCUCAAUUAACUCCACCAUGGUGGAUGGACAUGGAGUGGACACAAUCAUUCAUUCAUUGAUCAACAUACCCGAUAACAUCUUACUAAACAUCAUCACGGUGUUGUGGAGAGGAUGUAUCAACUUGGUAUCAUGGAGAAGGUGGUGUCUUGGUCUGACAUUGGUCUCAAAGAAGAUUCAUCGGUUCAUUGCCUCGCGUCUCAAUGACUCGAUCCAACUGCACAAAGAAGAAGAUCUUGUUAAACUGCUCACAGAUCACUUCCAGCCCAGUUCACAUCCAACAUCAAUGAUUCAGAGACAGCUGUCAUCAUUCAUAAUGCAGAAGCAUGUCCACUCUAUGCUGUUGAAGCCACACAAGUCGGCCAUCACAGAACUACUUGGACCUCAAACAAACACGAUAAUCGCCACUGCCCAAUUGAUCGAGUAUGCAACCAGAUUCACUCGUCUCGACUCGUUGAGUAAGCUCAAGAUGUACAUCAACACCGAGUUAGACCUUGACAAUAUCACCAAGAUCGCCACGAGAUUGGAAGUAGCCAAUGCUCACUUGGACAAGCUUGAGGUACACAUUAGUGGUGGAGGAUAUGCGAUCACGGAGAGUAUUGUCGAUGCCUUGCUGGAGUUCAUAUUCAAGAGCUCAGCGUUCAACAAUAUACAUUCGCUCAAACUUCGCUUUGAACGAGGAGUGGAUCACCAGGUUCUUGCGUUCAUGUCCAAAUUGAUCGAUGCACUGCGCAAUCGCCCUUCAAUCAGAUCAUUUGGCAUCCAUCAUCAAGGAUGUGACUCAUGGGAAUUUGAAGGAUUCUGGAAAGAGCCACGCGAUGUCGUCCUCCAAAAUCUGUUGGACUAUCUCAAGUCAACAACUACACUGGAGACGCUAAAGAUCAACUACACGCUCAAUGAGGAGUUACUUACAUUCCUACUCCAGUCUCGGGACUGCUCAGUCACUAGACUCAAGGCUGGCCUUGGCUCAUGUAAUAUACCAAUCACACGAGAGUUGGAGUCGAUUCACAUCUGUUCAAAGUCAGCCAAAUCAAUACCAACCGAUGAAUUCCUCAGCUCACUCAACAGAGUCGAUCGCAUAAAGAUACAAGGAUGGAUCCCAAGAGUUGUGGCACUCAACAAUCAAUCAACUUCUUUGACUGUUGACACGAGCGCUUUGAUCAAGAAGGAGCAAUUGGACGAAGCACUACAAGAACUACAAUCCAACAAUACUUUGAAAGGAUAUGGUAUAUUGGAAGAAAGACCUAUCCAUGGCCAUGUUAUGGUGAAUUUGAAUAGACUGUCUGUCGUCCAGUACAUGUAA